AUCAAGAAUUUAAAGUAUAUGUGUACAUACGUUUAAAUUGUCAUAUAGAUAAAUAGCAUUUUAGUUCUUCCCACUAAAGUCUUCUGCUAAUAAUCCUGUCUGUUUCCAGGACUUACGUAUCCACGACUGUAACUGUUACUGAAGCUGAAGCUUUCAGCUAGCAAGUACGGCAGUACAAUAGCAGCUGCAUAGACUUGCCUCACAGUGGGGGGGUUUUUGGUUAAAGAAGGCAAAAAUUUGGGGUAUCAGAUCUUGAUCUGAGACACAAAAACAAUGCACUCAUACAGCAUUCUACCUCUCAAACUAGAGUCUUGCAGUGGAAUUGCAGCACAAGGCUUCUUUGUGGACUUGCACAAACCUAAAUAACUGUAGAAAUCAACCCUGUUCUCUUUCAAGACUUCAGGUAAAAGUCUGCUCUGGUUUUCUUGUUUCAGGCAAGUGUAACCACAUAUACGGUGUAACAGAUUCCAUUUCUCUUUUUUUACUCUGCUUUGUACCUUUUUCUGUCUAAGCUUUGCUCUCAUUUUGAUUGUUUUAGAAAUAAAGUUGACCAACAACAGUAACAAGAUGGCAUCUGUGCUCCAAAAUGUCAAAGCAACAGUGACGUGGCGGAAACACCAGCUCCUGGCUGACCUCAAUGAGAAUGAGAGCCCUGUGCCUGACAAAUUCAAGAGAAGGGCCUCUCAGAGUUCUCUUAGUACUAUUUGCAUGUCUUUAAGGAAACGGGCACCAUUAAAGCGAGUAGAGCUGAAUUUUCAUAAAACCCCAACUAGGGAAAGUUUGGAACCAAGACAGAGGGGCCAAACUCUUCACGCUAUUAAAAGAAGAGCAAAAUAUGCUUUUGGAACAAUGUCUCAGAAAAUACAGAAGUCUUGCCAAAGCCCAGUAUGCUCAGUGGUGACCCUUCCGGCUGAACCCAUCAGCAGCAGCUGUGUGAUCAGUUCUACCAAAAAAAGAAGUACUACACCUCGAACACCUUGCUGUAAGAGUGUUACUCCAGCAGCCAGUUCCAAAGGCACUCCAAGGUCCAGCAGAAGGGCCUUGCUUGGGCCAACAAGGGUGUCAGAACAUAGAGAAUGGAGGGAAUUCUCAUCCUGGCUUGAUAAAAAUGCUGUCUCUCUCCGGAGAUCCAGAAGAGCAGCAGCACUGAAGAGCCCUUAUUCAUCACCUGCUCCUUCCAGCAGAAGAAUAGAGUUUGACUGCGAGUUGGACCUGGUCUCCUCAGGGAUUUGCCAACUGAAGUGUAUCUCCCAAGCAUUUGAUGAUGCCAUUGUGAAAGAGGAGAGGAAAGAAGCAAUAUCAAACUACUACUAUCUAAUGGCACAAAACUCACAGUCUGUACACCGAUCCCUGAGACCAUCUCGAGCUAUCAGAUGGCAAGCAAAGAAACUCCAUCAGGCACUUGGUACCUAGACAGAGAUGGCUGUAACUGUUUUUUCAUGUUUCCAAGUUUAUGAGCACAUAUAAAGGAGAGGUCUGUAGAGCACCUGAAAGGCUGCACUCUAUACACUUCAAUGAGCCUUUACACUUUUUUUUUUUUUUUUUGACAAAGCAGCUCAGGACUUCCUUUGCUUUCUCUUUUCAAGUAAAGAGAGAAUCAAAAUCCACCAACCAUGGUGUAUUAUCUCCUGCUGAGACGAGGGAACCGUCUUGAAAGUGACUCGCAUUAGGCAGUAAGUACUUAAGGAACUGAUGGUGAACUGGACAGUAAGAAUGGCCAAAGCAAGGGCUCAUGAAGGGUAAUCCUAGGUCAGAGUAGUGUUUAAACUGGAAUCCAGCGGCCAUGAGAUUUAGCACAAAUACUUUCCAUGUGGAAAAAAUUGGUCUAUUAUUUUGCAAGCCUAACUUGUUGGCUUUUUUUGUUAUUAGCAAACUAAAAGUUAUUCAUCAUAUUAGCUGGAAGUUAAUAAAACAGUAGUGGCUUCUUUGAGCGCUAGGCAAAACUCCCAUUCUAAAGCACUAGGCUUCUGUGGAGUCACUCAUGCCCCAAGAACAGAGCCAUAUUAGGACUCUUGCUUCAUGCCCUUAAGGAUUAGCCUAACUAAUCCUAUUUUUAGGUAGUUUGGUUCCAGACAAAUCAGAGCAAUUUAGUUAUUUCUUACUGCUGCUUUAGAUAGCAUCUUGGCAGUUGAGUUAAAUAUUGCUCUUGUGCUGCAUCUGUCUUUUAGCUCUACAUGAAAAUUUGUUACUACAAUUAAUGUAACCUCUUGCAACUACCAAUAUCUAUAUUAGUAUUAGCUAUGUGGAUAGCUAAUAUCAUAUUAUGUAUACUUAGCAUUUGAUACUUGCAUUUUGCUUCUAAUUACUUUCAAAAAAUUAACAUUCAUUUGACAAGCCUUUUUUGGUAGGUCAUUCAGUAUAACAAAGAUGAGUCUUUGAAACUAAAGCAAAAUUUCUCAAGUUUAUAGAAUUCAACAGCAGGGCAUUUUUCCAUGGUAAACUUUGUGCAGGCUUCUCCAAUUAUGGUCACUCUAAAAUGAACCUUCAAAUGAAAGACUGAUUUGGGAAAUUUUGCUCUAUUUGAUAAUUUUUAAGAUGUGCAUGUGACCUAGCAGUUCCACUGUUAGUAACAUUUUAAUGGUAUCAAGCAUAAAUAUGAAAAGCAUUCAAUUAUGAUUUAUAUGUAAGUAUUGAUUUUAAACUUAGUCACAAUUCUCUUUUUUCUUGUCAAACACCAAACCAUUUUAAAACAUUAAAACAGCUAAUGAGGCCUGGAAACAUGAAAGCAACCCUUCCAGCCUGCAGACUUCUAACUUUCAGAUGACUGAGAAUUUUAGCUUCUGCUCUUUCUUGACGUACUGUUUGUGUGUGUUUUGUGGGCUGGUUUUUAGGGUUUUUUAACAACUUUUCUAUCUGGAAGUAUAGAAAGACAUAGUAUCUCCAAGUUAUUCUUUGCAUGUCCUGAAACUAUAAAGCUUUCACAAAAAUGUUGUCUUAUUAGUGAAAUGCCUUCUUCUACGGCUUUUGAAAAGGAAGAAGGGUUGGAGUUUUUUGAAACCUUGACCUCCAAUCUAAGUAUUAUUUCAGACAGAUCAAACAGCCUCAAUUUAUGAUAUGGUUUCCACUAGCUACUUGGACAUGUACAAUUAUGAUCAAGUAUUUAUCAAAUUACUGGUAAGGAAAAUCAGUGACACUGUUUGUUUAAAGGCAAGGAAGGUUUUAUUUAAGUGGCUAAUCUGUUUUAAGAUUUUAAAAACCAGCUCACAUCAAAAUCUAUAGCAGUUGUAGAAAUCUUACUCCUUAUUUCAUAUUAAGAAAUUCAUUAUUGUACAUUUUUGAAUCUUUACAAGGCAGCCAUAAGAAAUAUAAACAUUUGUCACCAGAUAGAACCUUCUCACUGACAAUAUUUAAAAGUAUGCACUUAAUAAAACUAUAGACUGAAAGAACACCUACAAUUUCAAGUUUCCUUGUGUGAAUUCAGUUGUAAAGGGACUGCCACUUUUCUCCCCCACAAACAGAAGAACAAGUUAUGCAUAAGCCUUGGGGUUCUGUGAGAGGACUGCCAUUCUGGGCUGUACACUAGUCAUGCAGGAAUAACCCUACCUUUCAAACUUGCUACCUGUAAACCAUUUUUCAAUGUUGCAAUCUCUGGUAUAACAUCUCCCAGCAUGUCACAGUAAAUCUGCCUCUGUCUUUUCUCCCUCCUAAGUUCUAUACAUCCAUACAAAUGACAAAUAUCUUCCCCAGUAAUAAUUCCUGUCUGUUGGGCUUGACCUACAAUGAGUGAAAGAGCCAACACAUUAUUUCAAUUCCAGACUCCAUGGCACAGGAUUCUAGCCAUUCCAGGCCUUAUUUCUGAAAAACAAAUCUUUUGAUCCAAAAAAAUGUGUUACUACUUCCAUUUUUAUGAGAGUUCUGAAUUUAGGUUCAUCUAUAGGAAUUUAUCAUUACCUUGAGUGGCUAAGCAUCAUGGGUCUCAAUUACCUUGACAAAUCCACUAUUUCUGCUUAAGAUUUGACCACAGAUCAUGAGGAAUCAUUGCUCUUAGAGAAGCUGAGAAAAGUAGGCUGGAAAGUUUAUAGGAAUUCUACCCUGUACCAGCUCCAGAUGAGGAAGAAAGUGCCACUUUCUCCCCUGCACGUCUGACAUGGACAAUGCAAUGCGGAGAUCUUGAGUUCAUAUGCCACACAUCACCCUCUAAUCAGAAAAAUCAUGAAAUUGUGGUGCAUAAUCCUCAUCACUUCACUAUCAAGCCAAUGAGUUUACCAAAAAGAUACCCAGGCUGUAAUCAUCUGGUCCUCUGAGGAUGUACUCACCUUUCUGCAGCCUAGGUGGCAAGAGGGAAAAAAAAAACUGGGGAAAAUCCUACUUGUUCAGUAACAACUGUUGGACCUACAAAUUUCAAAACUUAAAAGUACCUACUAGUUUCAGGUACUUUAAAUGCUUAUAAAAAAAGCUUUUAGCAGAUUUAAAACAGAAAACUACACAGAAGGAAAAAAAUAAUUUUUCCCUUUCUAAAU